AUGUAUUAUUUUUCCCAUUUCUUGCUUGUAAUAUCAUUUAUUGUCAAGUUAAGCUCAUCUUCUUCCAUACCAGCAAAUUUCAUCUUUGGAGAUUCACUAGUGGAUGUUGGCAACAACAACUACAUUGCUUCUCUCUCUAAAGCAGAUUUUGCCCCAAAUGGGAUUGAUUUCGGCAACCCCACUGGCAGAUUCACCAAUGGCAGAACCAUAGUCGACAUUUUAGGACAGGAAAUAGGUCUAAGUGGCUUCACUCCUCCAUACUUGGCGCCAACUACAAAUGGAGCAGCGAGUCUACAAGGUGUAAACUAUGCUUCCGGUGGUGGCGGAAUCUUAAAUCACACCGGACAAAUCUUUGGUGGGAGAAUAAAUCUAGAUGCUCAGCUUGACAAUUUCGCAAACACAAGGCAGGCAAUAAUCUCAACAAUCGGUGAAGAUGCAGCAAUAAAGCUAUUCCAAAAUGCACUAUUUUCAAUAGCAAUUGGAUCAAACGAUUUCAUCAACAAUUAUCUGACUCCAGUUAUCUCCAAAGUUGAACAACAUCUCGUUUCACCUGAAUCAUUUGUGGCAGCCAUGAUUUCAAGAUUCAGAACUCAACUUAUGCGACUUAAGAGCAUGGGUGCAAGAAAAAUAAUUGUGGCAAAUGUGGGGCCAAUUGGGUGCAUCCCGUAUCAGAGAGACAUCAAUCCAUCUGCACAAAAUCAAUGUGUUGCUCUCCCCAAUCAACUUGCCCAAUUGUUCAAUGCCCAAUUAAGGAGUCUUGUGCAACAACUCAACGCAAUUAAUCUUGAUGGAUCCAAACUUAUUUAUGCAGAUGUCUACCACAUCGUCGACGAUAUUAUCCGAAAUUAUACGUCCUACGGAUUUGAGAAUUCAAAUUCGGCAUGUUGCCAUAGUGCGGGUAGAUUUGGAGGCCUAAUUCCAUGUGGGCCCACCUCGAAAGUUUGUGAAGAUCGAUCAAAAUACGUUUUCUGGGAUCCAUUCCAUCCUACCGAUGCUGCUAACUCUGUUAUUGCAAUGCGACUUAUGCACGGCGGAGCUACUGAUAUUUGGCCCAUUAAUCUUAGUGAGUUAUUAAAAAAUUGAAAAUAUGUUUAU